AUGGAGCACAAGGUGACCUGUGUCCUCGCUGUGGUCCUCAUGCUGGCCCUCAGCAGCCUCGCCCAGGACCAGGAAAAAACAUGUACUGUGAGCCCUGGGGAAAGAGAAAAUUGUGGCUUCCCUGGCGUCACCGCCACACAGUGCAAGGAAAGACAUUGCUGUUUUGAUGACAGUGUCCGGGGAUUUCCAUGGUGCUUCCAUCCUAUGCCCAUCGAAAACCCUCCAGAAGAGGAAUGUGCCUUCUAGAGUCCAUCCGAGAGAGCUGGUUACAUCAAGACUUGGCACCACCACCCAUAUCUGGACACUGAAGCCAUCUGAUCCAGCCACUGGAUAUACACCUGUUCUGUGGCUGGAUCUGGCCUGGUGACAUAG